AUGCCCCCCAAGGCCGCUGACAAGAAGCCCGCCUCCAAGGCCCCGGCUACUGCCUCCAAGGCUCCCGAGAAGAAGGAUGCUGGCAAGAAGACCGCCGCCUCUGGUGACAAGAAGAAGAGGACCAAGACCCGCAAGGAGACCUACUCUUCAUACAUCUACAAGGUCCUCAAGCAGGUCCACCCCGACACUGGUAUCUCCAACCGUGCUAUGUCUAUCCUGAACUCUUUCGUCAACGACAUCUUCGAGCGUGUUGCCACUGAGGCCUCCAAGCUUGCCGCCUACAACAAGAAGUCGACCAUCUCAUCUCGUGAGAUCCAGACAUCUGUCAGGCUUAUCCUGCCCGGUGAGCUUGCCAAGCACGCCGUGUCUGAGGGUACCAAGGCCGUCACCAAGUACUCUUCAAGCACCAAAUAA